CACCUUAUUAGGGAAGAGAUAAAAUAAUUUCAGGUUUUAAAAUAGUUUCAAAGAAGCCAUUUUUUGAUCAUUCACCAAAGUUUGGAAAAGAUGGGAGAGGAGCCACCAAAAUGGUAUAGGAAAUAAAGGAGAAAUUUAGAUUGCACAAUGCUAAAUGUCAAUACCACUGAGAUAUUUACAGGGACAUUCCAGCUUUAAGAAAUGUUCUGCAUGGUCAUUGGUUGAAUUCCCAUUCACCAAUAAAAAGCUGUAAUGUGUCUGGAGAUCUUGACUGCCCCGUUCCCUCCCCAUCCACCAUUACGUAGAUCAGAUACAGUGUAAAACCCGUAUAGAGAGCUGAGUAGCGCUACACCGGGUGUAAUAUUCGUUUAUGUUGGCAAUUUUAUAAAGAAAUACGAAGAUCAGAUCGACUUUUCAGUGAUAUGUGAAAAAUACAGGUAUUUUAAUGUAAUAUUAUCCCUCUUUAUCGGUGAAAAUCGCUUGCACGGAAUCUUAUUCCAAGGAUUCACUGAAUGGCGAGACGCGCUGAAGCAUUUGUAAUGCAUUGUGCAGGAAAUGGGAUUUUCUGAAAUACACUGGCUGUUGAAAUGGUCACUUUUGUUCUUUAUCUUACCCUACUGGGUGCUUGUUUCGGGACAGAUUCGCUAUUCAAUUCCCGAAGAGCUGCAACUGGGCGCCUUUGUUGGGAAUAUCGCAGAUGAUUUGGGUUUGGAUGUGAACGAGCUCAGAGCUCGCAAUUUUCGGACCGUGUCUGGGCCCAGGAAGCAGUAUCUGGACGUAAAUGUGGACAAUGGGAUAUUACUUGUGAAAGAAAAAAUUGACAGAGAACAGCUCUGUGGACCGAAUCUGAUAUGCACCUUGUCCUUAGAAGCCGUGAUUGAAAAUCCUUUAAACGUGUAUCAUUUCCAAGUGGAUAUUCUGGAUGUAAAUGACAACGCUCCCAGUUUCCCAAAAAGUCAAUUCCGAUUGGAAAUCUCAGAGGUGGCCGUAGAAGGAGCGCGUUUUGUCCUAGAAUCGGCGCAGGACCCAGAUGUUGGAACUAACGCUUUACAGACCUACUUGUUAGUCAGUAACGAGUAUUUCACAAUAGACAUCCAGUCGCGCAGUGGAGAUGGCAAAUUGCCAGUGUUAGUAUUGCAAAAGCCGCUGGACAGGGAAAAACAAAAGACACACAAACUCGUACUAAUUGCCAAGGACGGGGGAAUCCCUGAAAAAUCUGGAACUGCCCAGGUAAUUAUUAUCGUACAAGAUGCGAACGACAACGCGCCUGUGUUUUCGCGAUCAGUACAGAGGGUGAGAAUGCUGGAAAAUGCAUCUAAAGGCACACUCGUCAUCAAACUAAACGCAACUGACUUGGACGAUGGCCCUAACGGAGAAAUUGUAUACUCGUUCAGUAGUCACGCCUCUUCCAAAGUUGGCGAACUGUUCACCGUGGAUUCCAGAAGUGGGGAGAUUAGAGUCAAAGGCAACUUGAACUAUGAGGAAAAUCGUGUUUUUGAGAUUAAUGUACAAGCAAUGGACAAGGGGCCUUAUGCGACGCCUGUGUACUGUGAUGUCCUGGUUAACAUUAUUGAUGUCAAUGAUAACUCACCUGAGAUAACUUUGACCUCUAUGUUCAGUCCUGUUAUUGAGAACUCCCUGCCUCGAACGGUGGUAGCCUUGUUUAGUGUGGAGGACAAAGACUCGGGAGAUAAUGGACAGGUUCAAUGCCAAAUUGCAAAUGACUCUCCUUUCAGACUGGAUUCGUCUGUGAAGAAUUACUACAGCUUGGUCACUCAGAAGCCACUCGAUCGCGAAAAAACGUCAGAGUAUGACCUUACAAUCUUGUGUAGCGACAGAGGAUUCCCUCCUCUCGCAGCCAAGAAAUCUAUCCGCGUGGAAGUUUCCGAUGUUAAUGAUAACGUUCCACGUUUUACACAACCUUUAUACACUGCCUAUGUGAUGGAGAACAACGUUGUCGGCUCCUCUGUUUUCACUGUGACAGCCUUCGAUGCAGACUUAAACCAGAAUUCUCGACUCUCCUACUCCAUCCUGGAAACUGAGGAUCAGGAUUUACCAAUAUCCGACUAUGUUCAGAUUCAUUCAGAAACUGGUGUGUUAUAUUCUCACACAACAUUUGACUACGAACAACUUAAAAACUUUCAGAUUCACGUGCGGGCACAGGACUCUGGAGCUACGCCACUGGCCAGCAAUGCCUCAGUUCAAUUUAUUAUCCUUGAUCAAAAUGACAAUGCGCCAGUGUUCACACAGCCAUCACCAGAGUAUGACUCUACGGCGAUAGAGACAGUUUCGAGAUCGACCGAACCAGGAUACCUGGUUGCAAAAGUGGCCGCAACCGAUGCGGACUCUGGCCAGAAUGCUCGCCUUGACUACCAGAUUUUUCAGUCUACUGACCCGGGACUUUUUACUAUAUCAGCGGACUCGGGGGAAAUAUGGACAGUUCGUAGCAUCCUGGACAAGGAUCUCAGGAAGCAAAAGUUGGUCAUUGUUGCAAAAGACAGUGGAGUCCCGCCACUUACAGCGACCAUGACCAUCAUUGUAUCUGUGGAACAAAGUAGAACAGGAAUCUUAUCCGAGAUGGACACUUUACCAGAAGGAGCUGUUUUUGCUUCGGAUGCAAACUUUUACUUGGUCAUAGGUUUGGGGUUACUUUCGGUCAUUUUUCUAGUGAUUUUAAUUAUCCUCGCCGUUAUGGUUUAUAAAAACAGACCUGGUGUUGACCACCGAAGCUCUUCUCGGGGCACCUGUUGUUGCUUUGAGACAAGAACUCACAAAGCCAGUCGGAGCCUUCAGAUUCCUCCGAACUACGUGGAAGUGUUUGGGGGCGACCCACUUUCUCAGAGCUUCCGCUACGAGACGUGCUCGUCUUCAGAUACGCUGAAGAGAGACUUCAUGUUUCGCAGUAUGCGGAGUUCACAUGCUGGAAAGACCGGCCCUGCUGGCAAAGAUCCCCCACCAAUGUUGAACUCUGCAAAUUCUAGAAAUACUGUUAAUUGUGAGGUAAAACAACCGAAUGCUGACUGGCGUUUCUCACAGACUCACAGAGCCGAGCUAAACAGUUCUCAGUAUCAGGAGGAUGAAGGACCACAGCAUGACAUACAACGUGAAGUUCAGCGUGAGGUACAGUGUGAUGUCCAGUGUGAAGCACCUCGUGACGUCCAGUGCAAUGUGCCCCAUAACAUUCAGCAUGAGGUUCAGCGUGAUGUUCCCUGUGAUGUGCAGCGAGUGGCUGAGAACGAACCUGGUGGAGCAAGGAAACCAGCAUGUGCAAGGCCUGCAGCCAUCCCUGCUGGUAGAGACGGGUGGACGCUACCACGGACAGCUCCACGAAUGCAGUUGCAGAUGACGCUAGGCCCUCACGUACCAGGAAGCUUGCGAAGUCAGUAUCUCAUCCCCCGAGAGGUUCAUACAAGUGGAGCACGUAUCAGUAAUUCAAGCGUGGAGUUCAGUGCAUCUAUUAAUGGCAGCCUGCAUGGUCCAUGGGCUGCAAAUCAGACACGAGAUCAUAGAGGCAUCUCCAGUUCGAACACCAGGAGACCAGAGCUGGACACCCAGGCUUGCGGUCAAAUUCCCGGUUCACCAUCAGGCCAACGACUAUCUACACAAUGUCUACAUUCCCGGGACAACCACCACGCUCUCCGGGAAGUCAACUACUGAGCGUGAAGGGAGGAAAUCCUUCAUUACUUUCGGGAAGAAGAAGAAAAGUGGUAAAUAAAGUGAAGAAGAAGCAAGAUGGAAUUGAAUAUUAAUGGUGAGAAUUAUAAAAUGGAGCUGCAUGACUGAAGCACGUCUUUUUUUUAAAUAAAUUACUAAAUGUCACUCAAAAAAAAACACUGGACCAAAGCUGGUCUUUUGCUGCACUAAGUAUUAGUUUGAAAGGGAAUGGAGUUUUCUUUAAUUGCAUUUCCAAUGUGUAAGUUCAGAAUGCUUCAGUAAUCCUCAAUGAAAUAAGGAUCAACAAAAUUGCACCAACUGCAAAUGCUUAUAGAUGUGAACACUUCUCUCCCAGCAAUCCAGAGAUUAAGGUAAUUUCGUCCAGGCUGUGUGGAUGUGAUUCUGAGUAUCAUUUCUGCAUGUCCUACCCAGAGUAGUCUGAUUCUUAGAGUAGGAUAAUAGGUCGGCACAACAAAAUAGGGCGAAGGGCCUGUACUGAGCGGUACUGUACUAUGUUCUAUCUUCUAUUGCCACAGGGGAUUUGUCAGAAAUACUUCAUCAAAUGCCAUUGAACAACUAAAAUUGGUAUCAGUUCAGUGUUGCAACAUUUCUAUCAAUGAGCAAGAUCCCAAGCACUGGCUUGACCAAGGAAAGAUUUCAGGAAUACUCCCAACAUGAUACAUAAUGUACUGAUGAGACUCGAUUCCCUCCACUCUUCAUGAUUCCUCCCAUGGUGGGCUUAUAAAUUCAGUUUUUACAUAGUGAUUGAUAGGCCUUGGCAAGAAUUGCAUCCACAUGGCAUUCAUUUGCCGUCUCUGAAGAGCAAGAGAUAAAAGAAUGUGCUGGAAGCCAUCAACAUCUGGGAUGGCUGUAACCAGAACUCUACAGACAGAUAGAAGAAAUAGAUUUUCUGAGUUUUUCAAUUAAUGAGCAGUGAGGCUGCAAAACCUUUAGACCAUGCAAUGAGGACAAUUGGCAUGGACCAUCGUUUUCCAUUUCAUAGCAUGCAAAGGCCACAGGCUAAGUGGUGAAAGCUGGAACUAGACUAGGUGCGUGUUUGAUGACUGGCAUGGACAAAAUUGGCCGAAGAGCCUCUUUUCACACUGUAAAACACUAUGACUGCACAUGUCAGCAGCAGAGAGAGAGCUACUUAAUUAAUUCACUGCGAAAUUGUGCCUUUCCUGGAGAAAUAGAAGUUCGAUCCUCGCUCAUCACCAUGAUGGGAAGAAAUUAAGGAAAACAUUUAAAGAAAAUCCAUUCCCUUCUGUAAACAGCUGUUGCACAAUGCUAGCAGCCACAAUUUUAAUUCAGUCAACAAUUCAUUGUAUCAUGUCUCCAUUUAUUCAGUCCAAUGUGGCAAACAGCCUUAAUGUAGAUUAAGGAACACUUUAAGCGUCCAUUUCCUCAUUGUGCAUGUUAGCCACACUGAGGGUUAUCGCUUGCAUUACAUUUUCUGUAAUUUAUUCCCUGUUUAACACCCUAUAUUUAGCUUUAGGAGGGUUGAAACAGAACAGGAAAGAACUGAAAGGAGAAAAAAAGUGGAAAAAGAAAAUAACUGCAAUAUGAUUUCCUCUAUUGGUUUGUUGAAUUGUAUGAGGCGUCAGUCAGAAUUGGCAGGUGGAGCACUAAUUGGGAACAGCAUCCACCCAAGAACAUUCCUUAGGAGCACCAUUUGAUUCUAAGAUGGCAGUAACAAUGACCUAGGGCAUUCACAAACUUGUGGAUUUGAGUGUUCUUUCAUCUGCAUGAAAUAGAAAAUAUGACGGGACAAGGCUUACUUACUAAGGGGGAAAGAAUGAGCAGUAAGAAAGAAGGGAGUUAAAGUAUAAUGAAAUACCAAAAAAAGACACAUUUACAAACGGGGCUAGGGUUAUCGCCUACAGAAGGGACCAAAACUAGCGAGGAGGGUUAAAUCAGACUGAACCACAGAUAAAAAUAUUAAAAUAUUCUGAGGCAUCAGAAUAUGAGAAUUUGUUAAGAACUUAAUAAUGCUUCUGCCUCAAGAAAAAUGGUAUUGAAGAAAAAAAAAACAAGGUUUCAUCUGUUUAGAAUGUCUUUAGAAAUUCCAGACCAACUACAAUGGCGUAGAUCUCAACUUUGACCAGCCAUGUUAAAAGGAUGAUAAGCAUGUUAGCAAACACUGUUUACAUCUUGGCUUUUCAUUGUGUCAAAGUAGGUAGGUAAUCUGGAUGCAUUACAGAAGAUAUUGCCAACUUGCUAUCAUCUAUUCUACACCAUUGUACAACGUUAAGAUAUGCCUCCUCUGUUCUUCAUUGUCAAUGACUUUAGCACAGAUAGCAAAUAGAGAGCCCUAAUGUCCUGAGCUCAGCGAGGAACAAUCACCUGGCCUUCCUGCUCCUGCCUGCAAACUAACAACCACUACCAGAGGUCCAAGUGGACUAUUCCUUGGGACCAGGUAUGGGAGUGCAGGCUGUGCCCAAGGAUCCAUACAGAGUCAGUGCCUUCAAAAGAGCAGAAAAGAAAGGACAGAAGAAAUAAUUGGCAAAGUGGAAAAGCAAAGAGUCAUUGAGUUCUUGCCCCCAGAGGUGGUAAAUAUGGAUUGGACAAAAUUCUUUUGGAACAGGGACUUGAACUAUUUAGACACUAUUUACAGCCCUGUCAUUUAACUUUGUUUAAAUACUAGCGAUAACCCUAUAACAAGUUUUCUCUAAGACUGGAUCAAUCAGCCAUAGCUUUGAGAGUAAAGCUUUGGUAGCCAGUGCAGAAGAGGUAGUUUGUAGCUGUUUUAAUAUGUAGGCAUGCUGAAUAUGUCCUGUGAGUAUUGAAUAUAAGUAUAUCCAUAUACAAGUAACUGUCUUAUUUCUUUGGAAAAGCAAAAGACUGAAUUAGAUCUUGAGACAUUGUGAAUCUCUAUAGAUUUUUGGAUUUUUUUUGCUAAAACUUGUUUGAUUAUGAUUAUACUGUGUGGUGUUGUAGAUUUCCUAUACACUGCUUUUUAAGUACAAUUAUCCAAAAUUAGUGGGACAUAAAGUGGUAGAUUCUUUCUAAUGAUGUACAUGUCUAUUUCUGAAGUUUGCUUGCAAAUGCUGACGUCAGUAUAAUAGCCUGUAUGACACUUAGUGAAUAUAUUGUGCCCUGUAUUUUUCUUCAGAACUAAAUUGCUGUAAUCCUAGUGUGACAAUCUUGCUUUACUUUAAUUGCAGUAGUUUAUAGUAGUAAUGUUUUGAUCUAACUUCAGUCUUUACAUUAAAAUUAUUCCUUUAAUCCA